CGCUCAAAGGCGAAGUAGCUGUAGGAUGUCAGAACUUAAGUUUUAUUGUUUUUGCAAUUUUUCUUAUAGCCUCUGGUGAUAUCGUACCUCCUUGUUCGUCAACAGAUAUUAAUAGAUGCAGGUUGAAGUAUCUUUGCAUCA